AUGUCUGACCCUGUUGUUGAGAAGACCCCAGUCGAAAAGACUUCAGUCGAAAAGACUCCAGUCGACGUGCAAAACUAUGACAACUCGGAAAAAACCGUCGAGUCUUUGUCUAAAGAAUCGGAAAAUGUUUACGACUUAGAAUCUGCUGAUUCAGAUGAGGGCAGAGAGCCCACCCCAGAGGAAAUGAAGAAGUUGAGACACGUUUCCGAGAAGAUCCCAAUUAGUUGUUGGCUUGUGGCCAUCGUCGAAUUGGCAGAGAGAUUCUCAUACUACGGAUUAUCUGUUCCUUUUCAAAACUACAUGCAAAAUUCCGCCCUGGACACUCCAAAAGGUGUGUUGAACUUGAAGAACCAGGGUGCCACCGCAUUGUCCUACUUCUGGCAGUUCUGGUGUUACGUCACUCCAGUUUUCGGUGCUUGGGUUGCUGACACCUACUUGGGUAAGUUCAAUACCAUCUGUGUAUUCUGUGGUGUUUACGUAGUGGGUAUCUUCAUUUUGUUCAUUACCUCGUUGCCUUCUAUUGCCAGCCACAACGUCUCUUUGGGAGGUUUCAUUGCUGCCGUCAUUGUCAUUGGUCUCGGUACUGGAGGUGUGAAGUCCAAUGUUUCUCCUUUGAUUGCCGACCAGAUCCCAAAGACAAAGCCUGUCAUCAAAGUGUUGAAGUCUGGUGAGAGAGUUGUUCAGGACCCUAACAUCACCAUUCAGAAUGUGUUCAUGUUUUUCUACCUCAUGAUCAACAUUGGAUCUUUGUCUGUCAUUGCUACCACCGAAUUGGAGGCUCAUGUCGACUUUUGGGCCGCAUACUUGUUGCCUCUCUGUUUCUUCGUCAUUGCACUUGUUGCCUUGUACGUGGGUAGAAACCAGUACGUCAAGGUUCCUGUCAAGGACAAGAUCAUCUCCAAAUCGUUCAAGGUGUCGUGGAUUGCUCUCAGAAACAAGUUCAACUUCGAUGCUGCUAAGCCAUCCUUCAACUCCACUGCCGGUUACCAAUGGUCUGACAAGUUUGUCGAGGAAGUCCGCAGAGCUUUCUACGCUUGUAAAGUGUUUGUCUUCUUCCCAAUCUAUUGGGUUGUUUACGGCCAGAUGCUGAACAACUUCAUCUCUCAAGCUGGUCAAAUGGAGUUGCACGGCUUGCCAAAUGACUUCUUGCAAUGUUUCGACUCCAUCACUAUCAUUGUGUUCAUUCCAAUCUUUGAGCGUUUCCUCUACCCAUUCAUCAGAAGAUUCACUCCCUUCAAGGCUAUCACCAAGAUUACUUGGGGUUUCUUCUUUGGUGCUGCUUGCAUGGUUUACGCUGCUGUGUUGCAACACUACAUUUACAAGUCUGGUCCAUGUUACUACUACCCUAAGGCAUGUGCUCCAGAGUACUCUAGCGUUCCAAACCAUGUGCACAUUGCUCUCCAGACUCCAGCAUACUUCUUGCUCGCUAUCUCGGAGAUCUUGGCCUCCAUCACCGGUUUAGAGUAUGCUUACACUAAGGCUCCAGUCAACAUGAAGUCUUUCAUUAUGUCGUUGUUCUUACUUACCAAUGCUAUUGGUUCUGCUCUUGGUAUUGCUCUUUCCCCAACUGCUGAGAAUCCAAAGUUCGUGUGGACAUACUCCGGUUUGGGUGUGUCUUGUUUCAUUGCUGGAGUUCUUUUCUGGAUCUGCUUCAGACACUACAACUAUAAGGAGGAUGAGUUGAACAACUUGGACUACAUCAACGAUGCUGAGUACGUGGAGGAGACAGGACUUGCACCUGUUGCAUCUCUUCAGCAGUCUUUGAGGGAAUUGCGUUAA